AUGUCUUUUUAUUCCAAGCAGGAGAAUAAUAUGGAUUCAGAGCUCAAGGAUUAUUAUAACAAGACACUUGCUGCAGAGAACAAUACUGCUGCCACUUGGAAUUCUGAUUUCCCAGUCUGGGAUGACUAUAAAAGCAGUGUCGAUGACUUGCAGUAUUUUCUGAUUGGACUCUAUACAUUUGUAAGUCUUCUUGGUUUUAUGGGGAAUCUACUUAUUUUAAUGGCUCUCAUGAGGAAGCGAAAUCAGAAGACAACGGUCAACUUCCUCAUUGGGAAUCUGGCCUUCUCCGAUAUCUUGGUUGUGCUGUUUUGCUCACCUUUCACACUGACCUCUGUCUUGCUGGAUCAGUGGAAGUUUGGCAGAGUCAUGUGUCACAUUAUGCCUUUCCUUCAAUGUGUGACAGUUCUAGUUUCCACUUUAAUUUUAAUAUCAAUCGCCAUCGUCAGGUAUCAUAUGAUAAAACAUCCUGUAUCUAAUCAUUUAACAGCAAACCAUGGCUAUUUCCUGAUCGCUACUGUCUGGACACUAGGCUUUGCAAUGUGUUCUCCCCUCCCAGUGUUUCACAGCCUUGUGGAGCUUCAGGAGACGUUUGGUUCAGCGUUGCUCAGCAGCAGGUAUUUAUGUGUCGAGUCAUGGCCAUCCGAUGCGUACCGAAUUGCUUUCACUAUCUCUUUGUUGCUUGUUCAGUAUAUUCUGCCCUUAGUUUGUCUAACUGUAAGUCAUACCAGUGUCUGCAGGAGUAUAAGCUGUGGAUUGUCCAACCAAGAAAACCAACUAGAAGAAAAUGAGAUGAUCAACUUAACUCUCCAUCCUUCCAAAAAGAGUGGGCCUCAGGUGAGGACCUCCAGCAACCGGAAAUGGAGCUAUUCAUUCAUCAGAAAGCACAGAAGGAGGUACAGCAAGAAGACGGCAUGCGUGCUGCCUGCUCCAGUGAGACCUCCUCCAGAGAACCGCUCAAGAAGGCUUCCAGAACACUUGGGCUCUGGGAAAAGUCAGCCCCCUUCAUCCCGUAAGUUUAUACCAGGGGUCCCCACUUGCUUUGAGGUGAAACCGGAAGAAAACUCAGAUGUUCAUGAGAUGAGAGUAAAUUGUUCUAUCAUGAGAUUAAAAAAAAGAUCUCGAAGUGUGUUCUACAGACUGACCAUCUUGAUACUAGUGUUUGCAGUGAGCUGGAUGCCUCUGCACCUUUUCCACGUGGUGACCGAUUUUAACGAUAGCCUGAUUUCAAACAGGCAUUUCAAGUUGGUGUAUUGCAUCUGUCACUUGCUAGGCAUGAUGUCCUGUUGUCUUAAUCCAAUUCUAUAUGGAUUUCUUAAUAAUGGGAUCAAAGCCGACUUAAGGUCCCUUAUACGCUGUCUUCAUAUGUCAUAA